AUGGAUGCUUAAUGUGUUUAUUAAGAUUGGAUACGAUUUGAAGCUCUGAUUUUACAAGAUUAUCUAAAUAGGGGAAGAAUUAAGUAAUUUAAAAUCUAACACACUUUUAUUUCAUCUAAAGAACACAUUGAGAUUGAUUGCAUAAGGAUUAAGCAUAAAUGUUAUAUAAUGUUUAAGUAUUCAAAAAGGGAUGGGUUCUACAAAUAUUGUUAAACCUUUAUAUCAAUGUGUUUUAUUUAAUAAAUUAGAUUCUUAUGUGGAAAACAGAAGGCUUAAUGUAUAAUCUCAAUAUUUGAAUUCAUUAUUAGAAAUUAAAGAAAUAUUACCUCAUUUUGAAAAACAAUAACCCUUAUAAAUAUUAGAGAGUCCUUACAAUAAGAAAGAAGAAUACUUCUUUAUAGUAAGUUAAUUUUAAGAAUUACUUUUUUUGGCUUAAAAUAUUAAAGAGUUUAGAAUAGAUUGUUUUUUGCAUACAAUAAAUUGUUUUGAGUAUUAUUGUUAUCUUUUGAUACAUAAUGAUCUUUAUUCUCAAAUAAAGUAACUUUAAUUUGAGCUGCCUUCAUAUGAAAACAAUUUUGAAAAUCUUGUAAUAGCUCAUCAUUAUAUAACAAAAUAGCAUAAGAUCUUCAAAUUUAAAAAUUUAAGUAAUUUACUCCUCUUGCUUAAGAGAAAUAUUGGAGAACUUAACACUAUGUUCUUAAAUUUAUGA